AUGAGCACUGACAUAGUUUGGAUGGACAUGGAAGUCUCAGGAUACGACGAGGAAACUGAUAAAAUACUAUGUUUCGCCUGUUUUAUUACGGACAAGGAUGCGAACAUCAAAUCCGAGGGUCCCUAUUUUGCCAUUAAUUAUCCGCCUGAGGUUUAUUAUACGAUUAAAUCGGAAUGGUAUUUUAUCCUCAAAGGAAUGGGACUGCUGGACUGCUGGGACUGCCCUAAAGUACAGCCGGAGCAGGCGGAGGAUCUGGUGCUAAACUACCUCAAGAAGAAUGUGCCAAGAAAGGCUUGCCCCAUAGCCGGCGAAUCUAUCCACAUGCAGCGACCUUUCAUCAAAAAGUACAUGCCAUCUGUGGAUGACUAUAUGAACUUGAAUUUUGUCCAACUGGUCAGGCGAUAUUCUCCAGAUGAAGGACCUAAGAUAAUAACUAACAACCGCUGCCGGGACGACCUUUUGUUUAAUAUCAAUGAGUUAAACUUUUACAAGGGGGAAAUAAAGAAACUUUGUGGGCCUAAGGUUUAA